AUGACAAGAAGGUACAUGAUGGACAUGAUAACUCAUGCAGAUACUGAUGUUGUGAUCGUUGGUGCUGGCGCAUCUGGAUUAUCUUGCGCUUAUGAGCUUAGCAAGAACCCUUCUGUCAAAAUUGCCAUUGUUGAACAAUCUGUUAGCCCUGGUGGUGGUGCUUGGCUUGGCGGUCAGCUCUUUUCUGCCAUGGUUGUUCGCAAACCAGCUCAUCUCUUUCUUGAUGAGCUAAGCAUCGAGUAUGAUCAGCAAGAAGACUAUGUAGUAAUCAAGCAUGCAGCUCUCUUCACCUCCACAAUCAUGAGCAAAGUCCUUGCCCGUCCAAAUGUUAAGCUUUUUAAUGCAGUGGCUGCAGAGGACUUGAUAGUUAAGGAAGGAAGAGUAGCUGGAGUGGUCACCAAUUGGGCUCUUGUGUCAAUGAAUCACGACACACAAUCUUGUAUGGAUCCAAAUGUGAUGGAGGCCAAGGUGGUUGUGAGUUCUUGUGGACAUGACGGACCAUUCGGUGCUAGUGGGGUUAAGAGGCUAAAGAAUAUUGGCAUGAUUGAUAAUGUGCCAGGAAUGAAGGCCCUUGACAUGAAUGUUGCUGAAGAUGCCACUGUGAGGCUUACUAGGGAAAUUGUGCCUGGAAUGAUUGUCACUGGCAUGGAAGUUGCUGAGAUUGAUGGCUCUCCAAGAAUGGGACCAACAUUUGGGGCAAUGAUGAUAUCAGGGCAGAAGGCAGCUCACCUUGCCUUGAAGUCACUAGGGUUGCCCAAUGCGCUGGAUGGAACGUUUGUGGGAGGCGUUCAUCCAGAGCUGAUCCUGGCUGCUGCAGAAUCUGCUGAUAUUGCAGAGGCUUGA